GUUGUAGGUGACCAUGGCGUCUUCUUCGUCACAGGCUGGACGCUGGUCACCCUGAACCUGUUCCUGCUCCACAAACACUCCUGGCUACACUGGCCCUGCGAACAGACGUGUCGGAGCCGAGUGGCCCCAUGGCUGCGGGGUACGGCCCUGAUAAUGUGGCCGUGGCUGGUGGGGCUCUUAAUUCUGGUGCCGCUUCUUACCAUGAACGUCGUCACUUUUGAUCUGAAUCAGGAUGAGAGUCCCUUGUGCAUGCUCAGCUUGCCAGAGAACAUUCUGGUCAUCGUGGGCUUCCUGUCUCUCUACCUGCCUUUCUACCUUGUGGUGGCCUCAACAAUUACUCUGAUGGCUUGCUCCAAAAGAAAUCGUAACCCUCCCCCAGAGCCAGGAAGCAACACACUGAUUGAUGGUUCUCAGGACGCCACAUCUACUGCGGCUGCUGGGUCAGACGCCGCCACACCAGAAGAGGAAACCCCGGAGGUUCAGAGAGAGGAAGUGACGUCACGUGACAACGUCAUGCAUAUUCUCCUCCCCAACUAUGUGUACCUUGUGUGUUACCUUCCGUUCGUCACACAUACAUGGUUGUAUAUGCGUGGAGUACACACUCCCCGCUUUGUGUAUCUCUUCAUCCUGUCUGGUCUGCUAGCACGGUCGUAUCUGUUGCCCUUGUCUUGGUUGAUCUUCAGGAGUGUGAGGGAGGAUGUCGUGGAGGGAUGGGCAAAGGUGAAGGACAUCUUUUGCUCCUGCGUGCGACACUCGUCAACGUCAGCAUCUUCCUCUGUGUCGUUCAGCCGACUUCGGGAGUCCCAGUCUACAGACACUGUUUGAGGGUGAUGAUUCUCUUCUCUUAUCGCGUUAUAGUUGAUGCAGAUCUAUUGGGGCUCACCUGGAGGCCCAUUUCGUCAUGAAACUGAGUAUAAAAGUACGAUACCAAAGUAUCUCUUCAGCCUUUGAAGUUUAUGAAGAAAUUGAGCCUUAUAGUUCUGAAGUCACGGUUUUAAGGGGUAUGGAUAACAGCAAGAAUAUUAAAACCAGCACCACUGACUGCAAAAUCCCCUUAAGAUUUUAUAUUGGAGAAUCAUACCUACGGCUUUAAAACACAUGUUUAAUGCUUAAGGGAAGAAAGUUUUCUCAACACUCUGCACCAGGUCCAGAAACGCUAACAGAUCACGAUCUUUAGAGUGACGAAAGGAAACUGCUGAUGAUAUGGCCACGAGUGUAUAUUAAAGAUGUCCAACAAAAAGGAAUGUCCUUCUGGAACAGUUUCGGGAGCUGUGGACGUCUUCAAACUCCAAAAGAAAAUUUCAUGAUCUUGCCAAAAGGUGAUAUUCAACACGAGUAAGCUACUGAUGCUGACAAUAUUCUUCACUGAAAAGAGGUAUAAAGCUGAUUAUUGUGUUGGAGGAGGAAAAAAGAUCUUUCGUUCACAAUUUCAGCCUUGAUGGAUAACCCUGGGCAGGUCAUUAACCUUGUGAACCGGAAUACUGACAACACCGAAUUCCAUGUACAAUAAAAAAAAACUGUAAAAGGAAUUCAAUUUAUUUUCACUUACCGACACAAUGGAUGCCCUUUCUGUUUGAGGAAGGUUGUAGCUUAUUGCAUUAUAUAUAUUCAUAUUUUAUUGUGCAGUAUAGCUUUUCAAGAAAAAUAACAAAACCUGAAAGGUAGCUGAGUAACACUGAGUUCAAAUUGCCCUUUUAGAAUGAAUUCACGAUGUAUCAUAUGAUAUAACCAACCCUUUCUCACCCUAAACACCAUCCUUAUUAGAGGUAAUUUUAAUAGUUCUUACUAUCCUUUCUGAAAGUGAAUGUAGGGUAGUCUCUGUUGGCGUUAUGUGUACGGUGGGAAUGGGUUGUGUGUGCGCUGGUCAGAACCUGAAAAAUAACGCAAUUGCUGUGUUCUGCCAACUAUUGGGCUUUCAGCAAACUUAGUCGGUAACAUGCUGGGCUCCAUAUUUAUGAUCCUGGUUCAAAUUCCAUGCAGUUGUUUUGUUUUUGUUGUUGUUGUUUAAGAAAAAAUUAAAAACAAACACUUAACACCGUCCUAUCGGUGAUAAUCGUUUAAUUGGAACUUCAAACCUCUUAAAUGAUAUAACAGCAUUAAUAGGAUCAUCAAACAUACACAGCCAACAACCUUCUUUAAUUUACACCUGUCAUCCUUUAUUUCAUUCUUUUGGCCUUACCCAAUAGGCAUGAGAAUUUGUAGAAAUUCAAAGUCUUUUUAGAACUUUCUCUUAACUCCUUAUCUCCGGCACGCUGAUUCCAGUGGCUCGCGGGCUGAACCGUUGUGCCGGUGAGCCGCUUGUUGUGGCUUGGCCACAUUAAGUAAUAUUAUGACGACAUUGAUGUUAUGUUAAUUUUUCAGCAGUUGCCGAAAACAGGACUGUUUUACUAAGAGUACCUUCAUUAUAUGAAGCACUAUCAAAAUAGUUUUAUUUUAUUUUUGUUAAAUGACCAAUUUAGUCAUGUAUAAUAUAAUAUAUAAUAUAUGUCACUUUUAGGUUUAGUACCAAUAGAAGGCAUAGUGGAAAAAAACCCAUCGGGAGAUAAAGAGUUAAUGUAUAAUAUGUAUGAAGUACAAUGAGCCUGAGAUAGACAAAAUCCGAAUUUUAUUCGCCUGAUGUUUGGAUCAGUGUGGAUAUUUUAAGUUAAACGACAUGUUUUUAAUAUUGAUGCAACUUAAAGGAAGCUUCUGUAUUGUAUCAGCAUUAACAUGAAGAUCGCAUGAUGUACAUAGAAGAACACGUCCUUUUAAACAUUGUGUCAAUUUUGUUACCUAAGAUCUUGUGUAUGUGACCUUCAGUCUACCAGUUUCCGUUUUUGAAGAGAGCGGGACGACUGUAUUAUAACGGAUAUUCUUAUUAUGCCAUGCUUUAUUAUAUCUAUCUGAUUGACUAUGUUUUGUCUUCCAAUGUUUUCUAUUCGAAUUAAACGUGCAAAAACUUA